AUGACGCUUCUAUUUAUAGCGCUCGAUCUUUUCUUGUCUGCCAUACACGAGGAGUUGUCGUUGUAUUUCGACACCUGCUUUGCCGUCGAAGACGAAUCGUUCUGGGUGCAGGUUGCACCGUUACUGAGGCUGAAUCAUAAUUAUGAUACUCAGCUGCCUGGAAUGGUAUGUCGUGUCUAUAUGCGAGAAGUUACGCCAUGGGUGUUAAGUGUUGUCGUUGUUCCAACAACUGUAAGCAGUAUUGAUAAACUCGACGCCGUGCCACUGCUAUUCAGUUUGUGUGACGAACCAUUGUUGGCAUGGAAUCUAGCAAAACGCAAAACACCACCAUCGGAACGGGUUCUGGAUAGACGAUUUUUACCAUCGCCAUUAAGUAGUUGCCAUGAAGACGUACCGCCUAUCGAAAUUCCUCCCAAAGAAUGGAUAUCAUCGAGUCGAUGCCUUGAUGUAUUACGAGAGAACUACAAACCGGGUUCACUGGGGCAAACCAUUAAUGAUGUCGAUGAGAAGGUCGUCACUAAAGCGAUCGUCUCUACAUUGUAUGCAGCAGUUCAGAGGGGCGCUAAUAUUGACCAUGCCAUCGUGCGAAAUGUGCUUGAUGAACAAUGCGAAUGUACAAGUCUUGAGGUGGAUGGUGUGGCGAUGAGUCUCAGUACAUUCUGCUCACAUAUGAAUGCGGAUAGAAAUAACCAAUCACAGCCGUCGUACUGUGGAGAGAGUAAAGUUCAGUUAAAGUUUGCGAAUAUUCUACGAGGCACUUUCAAACAAGUACCUGGGAUGCCGUACUUUUUCUAUACUCCACCGCACAAGGAAAGCGAUUCAAGAUUUCCCGGAAAAUCAGUACUGGCGUAUUUCGAAGGUUUAUUCAACGAUCACCAGCCGCGUGGUUUGGACAGUACCUUGCUGGAGCGGAGGAAUAGUGACGACCACGUGCAAGAUGAUAGAGUGUCAGCACCAGUAUCGCUGCGAAAGUUAGAUCGACUAGUGGAUCAAUCACGUCCACGAUAUGUACUGAAUGACAGCGAGAAGCCGAGAAGUGGAGAUGAGAAACAGGCAAAAACGAUAACGCAGUAUGGUCGUUAUCCAUUGUUCAUCUAUUUUAUGUGCUCAGUUGAAUAUCCGAACAAAUCAAUGGACACGUUCCCGGUAACGUUCCUGCCCACCUGUGUGUACGAAGUGCUACGAGAAAGUGCCCAGAAACCACAUGAAGCCUUUGAUAUAGCAAGUGUUGUGGUACGAUUGUAUUUAUAUGUGGUAACGUGGCCAAGUGAUAAAGGUGAAAAUAUGCAUGAAGAUAUUGACACAGAAUCCGAUGACGACACGCAUUCAAACAAACAUUUACGAUUUUUGGAAAAAAUGCCGAAAAAGGAGCGAUCGGUGGUGUAUGAGUUACUGAAUCGACUUAAUCGUCUCAUGGAGCUCGAAACUGUUUUGAUGGACAGCAGAAAUGUUCCCGUUACGAAGGAAAGGAUUAUGGAAAUCUCUGCUUAUAUCGAUCAUGAGUGUGGAAGAGAGAAAGCGGUUGAGAACAUACAUGCAUUUGAGCGCUACACAAGACAUUUGGCAAGCAGUGGAAUGUCGGAGGAUCACGAAGUCGAUACUCAUAUAUCGCACGGAGCACGUUUCAUGUUCGCACCAGGAUAUUUCGCCUGCCCUUUACAAGAGAAAUUGUGGUUCGAAGUUCAUCCUCGCUUACGUCUGUCUCGAGGAAACUGUCGCUAUCCGUUGGCUAUUGCUUGCGAUACCUUACGAAUAUCGCUGGAACAAUUCGCUAUACGCAACAUCCCGAACACCUAUGUUGUUAGAAUUAUCCAUUAUAUCACUUAUUUUCCACUAAUGUACCAGUUCUCGAUUUCAAGGGAAUCGGAUGGAAAUGUAUCGUACAUGCAAUUACACACUUCGAUAGAUACAUUUAAUGCAUCUCUAAAAAGAAAUCGAAUAACUGUAAGGAAGAAAAGGGAUACUAGAGAAUCUGAACACUUCAAAACGCAUAUGCUGUUGGCCGUUUACGGGGUGAAUCGUCCAGGAAGGGAAAUCUGCGAAGUGUUGAGGGAAUGUCUUCAAAAACGUCUCGAUCAGGUGACGUUAAGUCACAUGAUCGACAUACUGGCAAAAAAUUCACAAACGAGACUGGAUAGUGCGGAUGUCCUGGAGGAUUUUGGAUCCGGUAGCAACAACAGUACUGAGCAGAAAUCGGUGUUUCUUCCGCUUCCGUAUUUGGGAAAGCCAUCCGAGUCAUACGUACCAAUUUUCUAUCUUCUGGUGAAAUCACCACAAGGAGGAAUUAGAUCCACUGGUAUCGCUGUGAUCGAGAUGCGUUUCAUGAACAGUCGUGGUGAGAUGGCAACUUUAACGAACGGUCGUUUGAACAGCUCGACACAUCAGACAUUGGCCCCGAUGUUGGACGAGGAGAGUGAACGAGACUUAGCGUAUAGUGAAAUGACAUAUUCGGCAAGACAUGAACAACUGGAAGAGAUUCCUGGCGUUUCUGCGUAUGCUCAGUUCGCUGUUUGGCAAGCCGGCGAUGUGGACCUUCAACAGCUUGACGAUCAGUUACGGCACGUAGUGGGACUUGGAAUCUGUGAUGUUGUCACCGAAUUCGGUAUUCUGAAUCUAAACAUUAUCGAAAUCGGUGCGCAAAUUCCAUUGAGCCCAGGGCUGCAUAGUAGCCCUCAUUCAAAAUCCUUAUCAUCAGCGAAAACGCCGACAACAGCUUCCGAGCGCAGGCAGCAACUCCGGAAGCGAGACUCAUUCGACGCUUUACCGGUUGCUUCAACACCGAGCCUACAGACAGACUCAUCGGCGCGAAGUAAAGGCAAUUCGGUAUUCUCAUUUGAAACUCAUCGUGGAUCAUUCACUUCAGACAUAGAUAGAUUGUCAUCGGAUUUUGUUUACCCUGAAAAUCACUCACUCUAUAAUAGUGUUUUUAGUGCUAGUUGUCGAUCACCUGACUAUGUGAAUCCAGGAUUCGUCUCAACGGCGGGGCUGUGGUUUGAUUUUGUUGUGGAUAAACAGUCUGGAAGCAUACCGUCGUUUUUGUCUGAAAAGGGAGAACGAUACACGUCUAUUUUGCGACACUCAUGGAUGUUCGAUUGUAGGCACACAGUUAAUAAGGCAUUGCGCGAGAUCGCCGAUCGUAUUCUGGAGCAGGUGCGCAAUGUUGAUCCGAACUAUCCAGAUCGUGUGCAAAUUUUCGAACCAACUCCUCGUACUAACGAGCUAAUGCAGCACAGUUCAACGUCGUCUUGGACAAGCAGUUGUUCAACGAAACUUCGCGAAAGACGUUAUGAGGCCGCUCCAUCAACCAUGCAAUAUUGUAUGAGUGCUGACAUUGGUAGAGAUCCUUACGACUGCGAUGUGCCCGAUGCUAUUCUCAUAUGUAUGGAUGUGCAAGUAGCAAUCGAAACACAGCGAUUCGGUUUUGACCCCGUUGGUGCUUGCCCGGAGACGUUACUGCGACUGAAUAAUUGCGUAUCGAAGGAGUUGUUUUUGCCGUGUACCGAGGAAAGUCAAUUCAUUCCACGACGCCGGCUGCUAUAUGGCACGGUACAUGGGGAGAAGCUCACCCUGUACUUUUACAACUUCAUGCCAUUCUUGUCAGCUUCGUUGAUGAAUAUGGUGGCAAGAGCAACGUCAUGGUAUAACGCUCGAGCACGUUUGGUCCGUGAAAUUGGCUUGCAUAAGAUGGGAAUUACACACUUGUCGCCACUGGAACAUUUCCAAUCACCGUCAAAUAACCCAUAUUUGGUGUUAGUAUGGCGGCAUCCAGAAGAGUUAAUGGAUAAGGACUAUCCUCCAGAUGACUUGCAGGUGACGGCGAUCGAUGCUUUGCCAAAGGGUUACUCAUCAAGCCUAUUUAGGUUGUAUCGUCGAGAUCAUAAUCCACAUCUGCUUGUGCACCGCUCACCGUGUCUUAUACAAGACCAGUUGGAGCAAAUGCGAAAUAUAAGAAGACAUGUCAGAGAUCACCUCAAUAUAAUGCGAGCAUUCACUACACUACAUGAAUCCUUACUAUCUGGUAAUUGUGAAAUGUCGGAAGCUGAUUUGGAGAAGUUGCGUUCGGCCAGUAAACUAGUGCAUUUUGUCGAGACUCCAGUGUUGUUCUUUCCAAAGUGGCGGCGAAAUAUAGCUGAAGUUAGAGGAGCAAUGGAGCUCGAUCCCAGAAAGGACAAAAUUGCACCGGCACCACUUACUUCGCUGGCUGUUACUCGCCAGCGCGCAAAUACUCUGAGCGUGACUCCAUCUGCUCCUGCGCCGUUUCGAAUACGAUCCGACGUUGAUGAUGAUGAUCCGUGUCAGGCAAAGAUUCUAUAUCUUCUGAUGGCUGAUUACGUUUCCUAUUUAUCGCUUCUUGGUUUGCAACUGCUCAAAGUGACAAAUGUUGAGCGGAGAAGCGAAGAACGUCACAUGUAUACGACAAAUUAUCCACAGGGAUGUAAACAUGCACCGUUUGUAGUAAUGUGCAAGGCAAUGGAAGAUUCAGUGCAACACAUUCGUGAAUUGGAACAUUUCAAGGAUGUCAUCGUCACAGAGUGUCAUCUGCAUUCCUUCACCUACGACUUUCAUCUGAGAAUGCUGAGUAAAUAUUUAAAUAGUGAAGAGUCUACGGAACAACGUCGCGAUGAUUUCAUGUUAGUGUCGAGUGAACUGAAAGGCUCAAAUGAUGGCACAAAAGAGCUUUUUCGUGUGGUGUUGCGUGACAAUCGGCAUGAUCGAUCUGAACUACACUUGGUGUUUUACCUCAUCGCAGUAGCCACCGAAAUUAAGUCACCUCUGGAAGAAGAGCGACAUCGCGAGGACUCCAGACAGAGCGAAGUCGGAGAGUUCAAAAAUUUCGAAAAGAAGGAGCCAGCGGACAGGGACAACACAGAGGAGGUGGAUGCGAUGAUCAAACGGAUUAUAGAUGGUGACUUGCCAUCGGUGGUCGAUGGAAACUUUCCGACUCCAGUUCGACGAAGAUUUUCAAGCGGUGGCCAUCUGCGCACUUCGCCAACAUUGCCACCGCUCAACAAAACGCUUAACAUAGAUGGAACAAUUCCCGGCGAGCAAGUUACAUACGUGCAUUUUCUGAGUGCUCGUCAGAGAUCACUGCAGAAGGUUCGUUACUAUAUUCAUUCUGUUUAUUUCAAUUAUGUUGCAUCUUGGAAGGACGUGGAGUGGUUAGGAGUGCUCUGUAACACAUAG